GCCCGCAGCACGUGCUGCAAAACGCGAAUCUCAACCUGGGCCGGAUGAGCAGCAUGGUGGAGCUCGAGCGUACGAUCACGGACGACGACGACGACGUGCAUGUGGCGGUCGUGGACGACGGCGCCGAGACCGAGGACGUCGAAGCCGACGACGAGGAUCCGCUCUCGGUGCUUGGGAAGCGGCCCCAUGAGGACAUGUCCGACGCGUCACCGCAGGGCAAGCGCCUGCGCAAGGACGCCGUGGACGUGAUCGACCUCGGCGAUGAAGACGACGACGACGAUGAUGACGAUGACGAUGAAGACGACGAGGAUGAAGACCGCCAUGUGGUCUCGGUGAGCCCCCACCGCCCGUUCUCGAAAAACGAUGCGAAGAACUUCAACAUGAAAAACGCCAAGGCCAGUGGCGCUGCGUACGAGCAGGCGCAAGCCCCGCUCAGCACGCAUUCGCCGAGCAUCCAGCGCUUGCUCGACUCGAUUGACAGCAAGACCAAGAUGGAGCUCUUCUCGGAUGCAUUGGAAACGUACGGCAACGACCUCUUCCACGGCCACGAGUCGUGGCGGGACCAGCUCUUGAUCAAAGCGUGCCGGCUCGACCCGUCGUUCGUGACAACGAUCACGGAACUCGCGCGCCCAAGCGGCGCGUACAACUCGCCACUGGUGCUCAGCGGCGAAGAGGACGAGGCCGACGUGGAAGACGACGACGACGACGACGAUACGAGCAGCGUCGAGAUCAUCGAGCCGCAGGAGCAAGAGAUCGCACAGUCGGGCGAUGAUGAAGACGACGAUGAGUUGAACCUCGUGUCGGGGGACGACGAGUUGAACCUGGGCGACUUUUUACAGUAAUAAGUUAAUGGUCCAUGUUGUGCUCCCCAUCGAA